AUGACUAAGUUGAGUGCUGAAUUUGCCAUGAAAGAUCUUGGAUCCUUGAGUUACUUCUUAGGGAUUGCGGUAACACACAAUGCUCAAGGUUUAUUUCUUUCUCAGUCUAAAUAUGCUGCGAAUAUCUUGGACCGUGCUGGUAUGACUGAUUGCAAAUCUACUCCUACUCCGGUUGCUACUACCAGCAAGCUUAGUGCCUCCUCCACCACUCCCUAUGCAAAUCUACUCCUACUCUGUAUCGUGCUCUUACAGGUGCUCUUUAGUACCUCACUUUUACCAGGCCCAACAUUUCUUAUGUUGUACAACAGGUUUACCUAUUUGCAUGAUCCAAAAGUUGAACAUAUGGCUGCCCUUCAUCGCAUUCUUCGGUACCUAAAAGGUGCUCUUGAUCAUGGUCUUCAGUUGUAUAGAUCUUCCAUUUCCUCCUUACUCUCUUAUACAGAUGCUGAUUGGGGUGGUUGUCCUCACACUCGUCAAUCUACCUCUGGUUAUUGUGUUUUUCUUGGAGACAAUCUCAUUUCUUGGUCCUCAAAACGGCAACCCAUCUUGUCUAAGUCUAGUGCUGAAGCAGAGUAUCGCGGUGAUGCUAAUGUUGUUUCUAAGACAUGUUGGCUUUGUAAUUUACUUCUUGAGUUGCAUUGUCCUCUUAUGAAGGCCACCUUGGUUUAUUGUGAUAAUGUGAGUGCAAUUUAUCUUUCUGACAACCCUGUUCACCACCAACACACCAAACACAUCGAGAUAGAUAUUCAUUUUGUUCGAGAAAAGGUGAAACAAGGUGAAGUUUGUGUUCUUCAUGUUCCUUCCCAAUAUCAGAUUGCCGAUAUUUUAAUUAAGGGUCUUCCUAAGAUUUUAUUUGAUGAAUUUUUUGCCAGUCUCAGCGUCCGUAAACCUCCCGAUUCGACUGCAAGGGUGUGA